AUGGCUAAGAAAGUAAGCGUUGUGGAAAUACGCCAACAUGGGACACAAGAGGAUCUCUGGAUCGUCGUCAAUGGAGAGGUAUACGACAUGACUGAGUUUGCGCCUGAACAUCCUGGUGGGGAAGAGAUCAUCUAUCAGCACGCUGGCCGAGAUGCCUCCAUGUCGUACAACGAGAUACAUUCCUCGUCCUUGAUCAAGAAAUCUUUACCUACAACCUGUCACAUAGGCACGUUGGAUACGACGACAAUUGAUGCGGCAUGGAAAGAUCAGGAGACUGAUGAUGCAAAUUCCGAUACUGACACUCCUGUCGAUAUCGUAUACGAACACAAGUCCAAGCCCGAUCUGAGUGAAAUCAUCAACCUCCACGACUUCGAGCGAGCAGCGGAAAAAUUCCUCGCCACUAAACCUUGGGCAGUCAUUCACACUGGCUCCAACGACAACAUCACGCGCGAUGCAAAUAAUACAUUUCUCAAUCGAAUUUGGCUACGACCGGAGAUAAUGAGAAAAGUUGGGAAGAUAAAUACUCGUCAGACAUUAUUCGGAUGUGACCUCUCAGUCCCCAUCUACAUCUCGCCCACAGGAGGAUCGAAGCUCGGAGGCGCUGAAGGCGAGAUUACACUGGCGCGGGCAGCAGCAAAAGCAGGCAUAGUCCAAUGCUUCGCCACUCCGUCGUCAUAUCCACAUCUAGAGAUCUUGGAAGCUACGGAGAAGCACGCGUUCUUCCAGCUGUAUGUCAACAAAGACCGAUCAAAAUCCAAGGCCGCCAUUCGGGACGCUAUCGCCACCGGUAAGAUCAAGGCUCUCUUUUUGUAA